CGUGUGUUGGUUAUAUUAAAACCGCGCAUUUUAAUAUUUCAUCGUCAUCCUCCUUAUCAUCAUUCUUUGGUCAUAUUAAAGUGGCAAAAUGAGGCCGAAAAAAAUUCCAACCAGAUUUAUGGUAACAAAAUGUGAUAAAAAUGAUAAUGAUGAACUUGUACUUCAAUUACAAUCAACAUUUUCCAUUAAUGAUAAAGUCAACAAAUACGUAUGUAUUUUACGUGAUUAUUGGAAAAAUUUAACAAUAGACGCCAAAGAAUUUGUCAAUAUAUAUGACCCAAAAAUUGAAAAUGAUUCCAUAUUGAUUAUUGAUAAUCUAAAUGGUUUAAUUGUUGUUCGACCAGAUGUAUUGAUACCGAUUACAUCAUUAAUGUCAGCCAGUUUUUGUAUGCGAAAAGCAUGGCUAUCACGAAUGUUUGAAAUAUUUGGCGAACCAAAUAAAGCUUUGUUUAUUGGCACUAUUGUACAUGAAUUGUUUCAAGAAUGUAUACGUCGUCAACAAUAUAAUGUUGGACAAAUUGUGAAAAUAUUUCUUGAUACAAUAAUUUCCAAUUUUACAUUAGAAUUGUAUAAUUUAAAUAUGACUCGUGAAGAUGUAAUGACAGAAUUGAGACCAUAUGUUCGUCCAAUUUCUGAAUGGCUCAAACUAUACGCUGGUAAUGAAUCAACUACUACUAAUAAUAAUGAAUAAAAACUAUUUUCCAUUCAACGUUUACAUGAUGUUGAAAAUACUAUUUGGUCAACGAAAUAUGGUUGCAUUGGUAAAAUUGAUUUAAGUCUCGAUGUGAUUGUUGAAGACAAGAAUAAUAUGGCAAAAUAUUCGAAUUUAAUACCAUUGGAAUUGAAAACUGGUCGCCAUACAUUUUCUCCAUCACAUAUGGGUCAAGUUAUUCUAUAUUCGUUCAUUAUGACCGAUAAAUAUGUCAAUUAUAAAUCUUGUGGUGGUUAUCUACUUUAUCUGAAAGACGAGGCCAAAACCGAGCAUAUUCAAACCAAUCAUAAUGUAUUUCGUGAUUUAAUUCUAUUACGAAACAGAUUUGUCCGUUACUUUGAUCGAUUGGGCGUUGCCAUCGAUGAACGAAAUAAAAAAGAUUUAAUUAUGAAGGGGCCAGAAACGCUAAAUGCCGAACGAAUUUGUAGCAAAUGUGAACAUAAUCUUGAUUGUUCAUUGAUUUAUCGUUGUUUUGAUCAAAAUCUUUAUGACAAUCCAAAUGAUUCACAUUUUUCAUCCACAGUCACAUCACAUCUUAAAGGUCGUGAAAUGGAAUUCUUUUCGAAUAUGUUGGAACUGUUGGAGAUUGAAAAACAAUUCUGUAUGUCAUCGGAAAAAUUGAUAGAUUUUUGGAAUUAUCGUUCUGAAGAAUGUGAAAAAUCCGGCAUUGGUCUGUGUAAAAUGAAAAUCAAACAUAAAGAUGACCGUAUCAUUGUUUUUCAACGUAAUCCAAAGGCAACAAUGUUACCAGAGGAAUUAUUUACCAUAGAUAAUGAUUUGAAAAUAAAUCUAACAUUAUUGGAAGAACGACGUGCAGUCAUCAGUGAAGAAUUGAUUAAUUCAACAAAAACAUUUGAAAUUUAUGGCAAUUUUUGCCGCCAAUUAUGCAUUGUUAUUGGACAGAUUGAAUCAUUUUCCGAUGAUCAAAAAGAGAUUACUAUUCGUUUGGAAAAAGAUGCAACAAUGUUGAAUCCACAAGCAGUGUAUCGUAUUGAUUUUCUUAAAAAUAUUAAUAAUCGUCCAAUGUUGAUUAAUUUUUCCAAUCUUUUACGAUUAAUGUAUGACGGUGAUGAUGCUGAUAAUGCUAGAGCCCGUGAACUUCGUGAAAUCAUCAUACAUGGCCGUGUGCCGAAAUCCAAUCAGAAUGGUUACAAAUUUGGUUCGUAUAAUCAACUUUACAAUUCACCAACAUUAUCACAGUUGAAUAUUCAACAAAAACGUUGUAUUCUUGGCAUAUUGAAAACAAAAUGUUCUCUACUGUUUGGUAGUCCUGGUUCUGGAAAAACACAAACAAUUGUUUCAUUGGUUCAAAUUCUUGUCGAAUAUGGAUAUUCAGUACUAGUCACUAGUUAUACACAUAAUGCCGUGGAUAAUAUUCUAAUGAAAUUGGUUCGUUUUAAUGAUGAAAAUGAUAAAAAAGUGGAUUUCGUACGAAUGGGACAGCCACGAAGAAUCAAUCCAAAAUUAUUGAAAUAUUCAGAUCAUGAUCGAACGAAAAAAUGGCUGGAAACCGAAAAUAUCAUUGCAUUGAAUCAUUUUUAUUCCACUAUACCGGUUGUGGCUGCCACCUGUUUAGCUGUAUUCAAUCAUCCAUUAUUUCAGAAACGAACAUUUGAUUUUUGCAUCAUCGAUGAAGCAAGUCAAGUAUUUUUAUGCACAUCAUUGGGACCAUUAUUUAAUUGUCAUAAUUUUGUAUUGGUUGGUGAUCAAAAACAACUGCCACCAGUAGUUCAAAGUUCAUAUGCACGACAAAAUGGCCUGGAUGAAAGUCUAUUCUCACGUUUGCUAAAUACAUCGGGUAAACAAGAUAUUGGCCAUUAUGAUGAUGAUUUUGAUAAUGAUGAAUUCGAUGUUGGAAAUAAAGAUUCAAAUCAUCAAAGUAAUAAAUCAUCAUCAUAUGGUCAAUCAAUUCGAAUAUUUCCAUUAUUCAUUCAAUAUCGUAUGAAUUCCGUGAUAAUGCAAGUGGCCAAUAAAUUAACAUAUGGUAAUAAAUUAAAAUGUGCUAAUAAACAAGUGGAAACAAUAUCAUUAUUGGAUUAUCUAUUGUCGAAUGAUAAAUGCCAUAUUCUGGAAGAAUAUCAAUCAUCAUUUAUAUCAAAAAUUAUAAGUCCAAAUCUUAAUGAUUCUGUUGUAUUCUUGGACACAACAUCAAUUCCAUUGGCAUUUGAAACAUAUGAUAAUGAUAAUGGUGAAUUUAAUAUUUUACCUCAACAACAACAACAACAACAACGAUCACAGAAUAAUGAUACAAAUGACCAUUCAUCACCAUCAAAUGAUAAUACAAAAAGUAGUUUUGUUAUCAAUCUAUUUGAAGCAAAAUUAAUAUUACAUGUGGUACAAACAUUGCUAUUGAUUUAUGGCAACAAGAAUGACGCAACAAAUUUCAAUACCGAUAAUAUCGGCAUCAUUUCACCAUUUCGUCGUCAAGUGAAUAAAAUUCGUGAACUAUUUGGACAACAAUUUUUGGAACAAAAUCAUCUUGAAAUAAAUACAGUGGAUCAAUAUCAAGGCCGUGAUAAAGAUGUUAUAAUUUAUUCAUGUGUAAAAAGUAGAAACAGUAACUGUUCAUCUGUUGAAACGAAUGAUUCGAACCAGACACCAAUUAUUGAUUCAGAAUUAUUAAAAGAUGAACGUCGUUUAAAUGUGGCUGUAACACGUGCAAAACGUAAAUUAAUCAUUAUUGGUAAUUGUCAUACAUUGAACAGAUAUUUACCAUUCCGUAAUCUAUUCAAUGUUCUUGAUGAAGAACAAAUUGUACCAUUGAUUGAUUUUAAUGAUUUCAAUGAUAUUGUUUCGUAAACAGUUUAAAGUUUAUUAUUA